AUGAACCAGGAGGAACUGGCCGACAAACUGUUGAGCGGAUCUGAUGCUGUCGAUUGUCAACAUAAAAUCAAAUCUCAUUUGAAGAAGAAGUUCAGGUGUGUGUUUGAGGGAAUUGCUAAAGCAGGACAGCGAACAUAUCUGAACGACUUCUACACAGAGAUCUUCAUCACAGAGAGAGGCAGUGGAGAGGUCAACAAGGAACAUGAGGUCAGAUUGAUUGAAACAGCUUCCAGGAAACCAGCCAAGGAAGAAACACCAAUCAGAUGUGAAGACAUCUUUAAACCCUUACCUGGACACAAUCAACCAAUAAGAACAAUGAUGACAACUGGAGUGGCCGGCAUUGGUAAAACCGUCUUAACACACAAGUUCACUCUGGACUGGGCUGAAGGCAAAACCAACCAGGACAUACACUUCACAUUUCUCCUCACUUUCAGAGAGCUGAAUUUACUGAAAGGGAAAGAGUUUAGCUUGGUGGAACUUCUUCAUCACCUCUUUAUAGACACCAAAGAAGCAGGAAUCUGCAGAUUCGACCAGUUCCAAGUUGUCUUCAUCUUGGAUGGUCUGGAUGAGUGUCGACUUCCUCUGGACUUCCAGAGAAACCCGAUCUGGACUGAUGUCACAAAGUCCACCUCGGUGGACGUGCUGCUGACCAACCUUAUCAGGGGCAACCUGCUUCCUUCUGCUCGCAUUUGGAUAACCACACGCCCUGCGGCAGCCAAUCAGAUCCCUGCUGAGUGUGUUGACAUGGGGACAGAGGUGAGGGGGUUCACCGACCAACAGAAGGAGGAGUACUUCAGGAAGAGAUUCAGAGAGGAGACGCUGGCCAGCACAAUUAUCUCCCACGUCAAGAAAUCACGAAGCCUCCACAUCAUGUGUCACAUCCCAGUCUUCUGUUGGAUCACUGCUUCAGUUCUGGAGGACAUCUUCAAGAAAUCCCAGAUCGAAGAGAUGCCCAAGACCGUGACUCAGAUGUACAGCCACUUCCUGAGGGUUCAGUCCAUACAGGGGGACAGGAAAUACCAUGGGAGGGCUGAAACAGAUCCAGACUGGAGUUCAGAGAGCAGGGCGAUCAUUGUUUCUCUUGGAAAACUUGCUUUUAACCAGCUGGAGAGUGGCAACCUGAUCUUCUACGAGUCAGACCUGGCAGAGUGUGACAUCGAUAUCAGAGCAGCCUCUGUGUACUCAGGAGUGUUCACUCAGAUCUUUAAAGAGGAGUGUGGGCUGUACCAGGACAAGGUGUUCUGCUUUGUCCAUCUGAGCAUCCAGGAGUUUCUGGGGGCCCUUUAUGUCUUUCAGUCCUUCAUCGAUACUGGUGUCAAUCUGCUCUCAGAAGAACCACCAACCUCCAGGAAAGAUAAACUCCUCCUCUACCAGAGUGCUGUGGACAAGGCUUUACAGAGUGAGAACGGACACCUGGACUUGUUCCUCCGCUUCCUCCUGGGCCUCUCUCUGGAGACCAAUCAGAUUGUCCUACGGGGUCUGCUGCGACUGAAAGGAAGUAGGCCACAGACCAAUAAGGGAACAGUGUUUUACAUCAAGGAGAAGAUAAAGGGAGAUCUAUCUCCAGAGAGAAGCAUCAAUCUGUUCCACUGUCUGAAUGAGCUGAACGACUGUUCUCUAGUGAAGGAUAUCCAACAGUAUCUGACAUCAGGAAGUCUCUCCGGAGAAUCUCUCUCUCCUGCUCAGUGGUCAGCUCUGGUCUUCAUCCUACUGACAUCAGAAGAGGAGCUGGACGUGUUUGACCUGAAGGAAUACUCUGCUUCAGAAGAGGGUCUUCUGAGGCUGCUGCCAGUGGUCAAAGCCUCCAAAACAUCUAUGCUGAAUGCCUGCAAUCUGUCAGAGAGAUGCUGUGAAGCUCUGGCCUCAGUUCUCAGCUCCAACUCCUGUGGUCUGAGAGAGCUGGACCUGAGUACCAAUGAUCUGCAGGAUUCAGGAGUGAAGCUGCUCUCUGCUGGACUGGGGAGUCCACACUGUACACUGGAAACUCUCAGGCUGAAUCGCUGCCAUCUGUCAGAGAGAUGCUGUGAAGCUCUGGCCUCAGUUCUCAGCUCCAACUCCUCUAGUCUGAGAGAGCUGGACCUGAGUACCAAUGAUCUGCAGGAUUCAGGAGUGAAGCUGCUCUCUGCUGGACUGGGGAGUCCCCACUGUACACUGGAAACUCUCAGUCUGCUCACACUGGACCCCAACACGGCCCACAGACGACUCUCUCUGUCUGAGGACAACAGGAAGGUGACGUGGGUUGAAGAGGACCAGUCGUAUCCGGAUCACCCAGACAGAUUUGACUGCUGGGACCAGGUGUUGGGUAGAGAGGCUCUGACUGGCCGCUGUUACUGGGAGGUAGAGAGGGAAGGACGGGUUGAGAUAGGAGUGACAUACAGAGGAAUCACAAGGAGAGGAGGGGGUGAUGACAGCUGGCUUGGACUGAACAACAAGUCCUGGAGUCUUUAUUGUUCUGAUGGUGGUUACUCUGCCCGGUACAACGGUACAGAGACAGACCUCCCUCUCCCCCCCGCUGGCUCCACCAGAGUAGGAGUGUAUCUGGACCGGCCUGCUGGCUCUCUGUCCUUCUACAGAGUGUCCCCAGGUGGAGGAGGGUCCUCAGACACACUGACACACCUCCACACCUUCUGGUCCUCC